AUGCGACUUCAUCCAAAUAGCCUCAAGAAACAUCUCUGGACUCCACUCUUUUGGUCGGCAAUUCGGGGAGAUGAAGAUGUAGCAAGGCUGCUCCUGGAUAUUGAAGGAAUUGACGUAAACGUGACUUGUGAUGGGCGAGCUCCCCUAUCCAUUGCUGCCGAGCAGGGCUUUGUUGGAGUUGUCCAGCUACUUCUAGAGGCAGGUGCAGAUCCAAAUACCAAGGAUUAUUCUGGGCGGACGCCGCUGCAUUGGGCCGGAUCGCCCCAGCUCACUGGCGAAUCUCGUGAUAUAUUUCAGCGUAACUCGUUUAUGGCACAUGCACUUCACUCUGAAGCCAAUGUGUAUUGCCCAUUGAAGGUUUAUUUUGAGAGUGAUAUCAUUGGUUUGGAUGCUUGGGCCGAGGGAGAAAGAUUAUCAAGGAACAACACGGAGUCUCGAGGUCUGGGUGGAAUUUGGGAGCCUUCCAUCCUUCGGAGUGUGAAUGCUUCUCUGUGGGCCUCUGGAGAGAACUACGAAGCAAUAUUGCAACUCCUUCUGCAGUAUGAUUUUGAUUUUGGCGCUGUGGACUCAAAGGGUCGAUCAGUUUUAAGCUGGGCAGUGACAUGUGGAUACGAGACUCUGGUGGCGCUUCUUCUCGACAACGGUGCACCUCUUCAGAAUUUGAAAUUCCCAUCACAGGCCCCUCUAACAUGUGCGGCUAAAAAUGGAAAUAUGCGUUUGGUUGAGCUCUUCUUGAAUCGUGGUGCUAUUCUGGAAACACAUCAGGCUUCCGAAUUCGUUGAAUCGGCAUUGUCUGGAGCCGCGGAGAAAGGACAUCGCGAUAUUGUACAGCUCCUUCUUCUGCACACUUCUGAGCGAGAACCAUUAUGGAAGGAUGAUGGAUGGGCUCCGCUCAUGCGAGCAGCAAGAGCGGGCCAAAUAGAUAUUGUUGAACUAUUGCUGUCCGUACAUGCAGAAAGAUGGCCAGGUCAAUCUCUUGGCUCCAAGGUUCUGUUUGAGGCCGCUAAGCAGGGACAAACAGAGGCAAUUCGACUACUUGUUGAAGAAGGAGCAAAAGUCAAUUCCCAUUCCAGAUUUCAUGAUUUAAUGACUCCGCUCCACCUGGCAGCAAUGAAUAUGCAUGUCGAUACAGUCAAAUACAUCCUUGAGACAGGUCAAGUUGAUGUGAACGCCCUUGACAGAUACGGGUGGACAGCCUUAGACUGGGCGAGGAACGGCCAAAUUCAAGCCGCAAAAUACAUUAAGGAUACAAGAAUCCAGGAGAUUUUGGUUCGCCACGGUGCAAUCCUAUCAUCUUUAUCGAAAUCAGAAAUUCACAACCCGCCUCAUCAUUUUCGCAAAACAUUUUCGGAGUGUACUUGGUCAGGACAUCUUGUUGUUCCGUUCUCAUUCAGGUGCGACUGGGAGUCUAUUACCCAAGGUAAGAAGAUGCGAGAUUUAGCGCAUGAAAUAGACACGGACUCAAUGGGGUAUACAGCGGAUUUCAAAGAGCAGUUCAAGGGCUGGUCCUAUCAGAGACCACCAACAGGUCUGUAA